AUCCACUUCUAAAGUCUCUCCUUAAAAGCAACCCUCCAAAUGGAGCACCUACAUUAGCUGGCUGCAUCCCCUUUCUAAGACCUACUUCUAAAUGCUGCGCCUCAGUCCGCACGAACAAGUGGUCUUGCUGGGGAGAGGAGAGGGCGAAAUAAAUUAGUUUCUCUGCAAACAACCCCCAGAAAUCGCCCGAGUCCGUCUGGGUACCGACGGAUGACACGGUUUACCAGUCCGGCUGCUUUCGGCGCAAACGAGAAUCAAUUACUUGCUGUUUAAUUUAUAGUACUCAGCCUUAAGCCUCAACCAAAAUAUUGACCUAGGAGGUUUACAUAAGUUGGUCUCCUGCCAUCUUGGGUUCAUAUGUGGAGACCAACCUUCCAUGGACUCUCCUCUCCAGCGAUGGCUUGUUUUCCCCAAGCGACAGGCAGCAGCGCCCUGGGUUUAAACGAGACCCUGAAGUAAACGGCCGCUUGGCAUUUUUCCUGGAGUUACAAACUAUUUCAGAAGGCAGCCGCCCCUGGCGCUCGGCGAUUUUUUUCCCCCCUCUGCGGCAGAGCAAGUCUGUAAAAUAUUUCUACCUCCCAGCCGAUUUUUCCUCGUCUCCCCCCGCCUCAAAGCAGAUUUCUUUAUUUUGAUUCUAACCCCCCUCCCAAGACACACACACACACACACACACACACACAUCCUCUUUCUGGGGUGUGUGGUGUCGGUUGGCGGGGUGUGUGUGGGGGUUUGUGCCCCGGCGGAUUGACAAACGGGUCCUUCAACUUUCCUGCAUAAAUUUAGCCAGAAUAUGUCUCUGACCAACACAAAGACGGGGUUUUCUGUAAAGGACAUCCUGGAUCUCCCAGACACCAAUGAUGAAGAAGGAUCUCUCGUGGAAGGAGCGGAUGAAGAGACCGAGGGCUCGGAGCCCCCCAAGAAAUCCGGAGUGUUGGGGCAAAGCCCCCUGGAGGGUGUGCAGACGCUGCCUUUGAAGAACCCUUUUUAUGAUAGCACUGAUAAUCCCUAUACGCGUUGGCUGGCCAGCACCGAAAGCAUCCAGUAUUCCUUGCACGGGCUGGCCUCCAGCAACUCCCAGCAGGACCCCUCGGCCAAAUCCCCCGACCCCUCCGCCGACGAGUCCCCGGACAACGACAAGGACACGUCCAGCGCCGGCGACUCCGGCAAGAAGAGGAAGCGGCGGGUGCUGUUCUCCAAGGCGCAGACCUACGAGCUGGAGCGGCGGUUCCGCCAGCAGCGGUACCUGUCGGCGCCCGAGCGGGAGCCCCUGGCCAGCCUGAUCCGCCUCACGCCCACCCAGGUGAAGAUCUGGUUCCAGAACCACCGCUACAAGAUGAAGCGGGCCCGGGCCGAGAAAGGUAUGGAAGUGACUCCGCUCCCCUCCCCGCGCCGGGUCGCGGUGCCGGUCUUAGUCCGGGACGGCAAACCCUGCCACACGCUCAAAGCUCAGGACUUGGCCGCGGCCACUUUCCAGGCGGGCAUCCCCUUCUCCGCCUAUAGCGCCCAGUCGCUCCAGCAUAUGCAAUAUAACGCCCAGUACAGCUCCGCCAGCAACCCCCAGUAUCCGACAGCGCAUCAUUUGGUGCAAGCCCAACAAUGGACUUGGUGAAUUACCGAGAAAAAAACACACACACAAGAGACUGAGGCUCCAAAAUCAAACCUGGGGGGGAGACAAUAUGAAUAUUAAUUAUUAUUAUUAAUGAUGAUACAUUUUCCCCCCGCUCCUAUUUUUUUCCUCCUUUUUGGGGAUUCAAUUUGGUUCUCUUUUGUUUGGGUGGUUUUUGUGCGCCAUGUUUACAGACAUUUUUGCGCCAUGCCAAGUGGUCCUGUCUACCUACAACUAAAAAUAAAAAUAAUACUAGUCCUAAUAAUACGCAGUAUGCGCUUGUGGUUUUGUAAAGUACGUUUUGUGUGCCGUAGAGUUGUUGUCAGUCGUAUAUAAAGUGGAGGACACUUUAAAAAAUAGAGAAUUUGAUUUCCUUUUUUUUUUUAAAUGAAACUUUACCUAUUUAUGGCCAUGUAUAAAUUCUGACAACUAUUAGCCUUUAUUUUGUAAAUAUUUGUGGUUAUUGUUGCCAUAAGUAACAUUCAGGGCGGUCUAUUUUAUUUUAUUCUUUUGGUUGGGUGCAAAUCUUUCCCAAAUAUGAAACAAGCAAAAAAAAAAAUCAUGUGGAGGGAAGAGAAAUGUUUUGAUCCUCUUCCGAGAAAGAUCCCGCUCAUCAGUGUGUAUAAAAACCCAGGGGAAGCGCGCUGCGGGGAGGUUUUCGAUUUUUUUAUAAGAAUUUUAAUAAAAACGCUGUGUUUAAAAAAAAAAACCCAACAA